AUACAUGUAUAUAAGUAUAGUUGGUAAAUUUUUUAUAAUAAUUCAUUGAUAAAUGGAUGAGAGUGACAAACUAGCUUGUUCUUAUAAUCGUAAUAUUUUAAUGGUUGAGAAGUUAAAUAAAAAAAUAUGGAAACCUUUUUUUGUUGUUUUAAAGAAAAACGAUAGAAACAUUAGAAAACGACAAUUAAAAACAUUGGUUCUUCACUCUCAAAGGCUCAAACACAGUCACUAUCACUACUUAAUUCCAUGGUGAGAUUUUGUUGAGCAACUCAACUCUUGCUAUUGAUCUUUCUUGACAACACAACACAACACAAGGUUAAAAAUCAGAUUGAAAAGGAAGAGGAAGAGGAAGAAGAGCUUAAUCAUACACAAAUUAAGAAAUGGUGAGAUUUUGUGAUUUGCCAAGUGAAGUUGUGGAGAAAAUCAUGUUGUUGGUGCCUGCAGAUUCUCUAGUAGAAUGUAAAUCUGUGAACAAGUUCUGGUAUUCUUGUAUUUCCACUUUCAUCAAAGAUCCAAAAUUUGUAGCUAAGCACCUCCUCGUUACCAAAACCGAAUCUUUCAUGUCCUUACUUUGUUUCAAAGACCCUUCCCCCCAUGAAGACCAUUGCUUGAUCACAUACCCAUUGCUCACUAUAAAUCAUGUUGAUGGUGAUGGUGAUGGUGAUGAUGAUGAUGAUGUUGAUGAUGAUGAUGUUACUAUAAUCCAUGAUGGUGAUGAUGAUGAUGAAGAUGGUGGUAGUGAUUAUGAUGAUGUCACUAUAAUCCCUGAUGAUGAUGGUGAUAAUGAUGAUGAUGAUGGUGGUGGUGGUGGUGAUGAUGAUGGUAAGAAGGAUCAUUUUACAAUUGUCACAGCAUAUCUCACUAUACCACUUUUGGAUAUGAAUCGAUGGGAUAGAAUAUAUCACUGUAAUGGACUCCUUUUGCUAGUAAAUUAUAGUUACAAGAAGACUAUAACUAUGGUGUUAUGUAAUCCAGUUUUGAAAGAAUCUAUGAUUCUCCCAAAACCAAAGAAUGUUACAUUUGUGGCUCAUCAUCAUCACUACAUAGGAUUUGAACACGAUUCUAGAAACAACAAAUACAAAUGUGUUUCCCUUUGGCUCGGUGAUGAAGAAGAAUGUAAAGUUGAGGUAUACACAUUGGGUUCUGAUUCUUGGAGAGAGAUCAACAUGUCUCAAGACGUAAUGGAUUAUAUAGCGCAGGCUGAAGUAACUGAACUAUGCAAUGGUGUAUGUUUUGGAGGUGUUUGUUACUGGUGUAUUAGCCAACUUGGAAUUGAAAAGAUCCUCAGUUUUGAUAUGAGUAGUGAGGAAUUUCGUAUGAUAGACUUGCCACGAGAUUCUCUUUUUGACAUUGAAGAUUGGUCUGAUAAUUAUAUACUAUGCCUUGCAGUGUGGAAUGAUUCUGUUGUGAUGUCUUUGACCCCCAAUUUCACAUGGAAGCAUGAUGACCCCUAUCAUGAUGAGAGCAUCCUCUUGAUCUUCACCAUGGAUAAAGGUGUAGCAGGUGGUUGGACCAAAUAUGAGCAGGUUGGACCACUAGAGAAGUAUUACAAUAACUUACUACCGUUUUGGAAGAAUAAUGAGAUUCUAAUGGAAGUCUUUGAAGAUGGUAGUGUAGAACACUUGGCUUCUUGCAACAUUCGUACCCAAAAGUUAAGAAAUGUUGUUUUUGAUCGAGUUAGAAAAAUAAAUUUACGUUAUGGUUGGGUUUGUUUAUAUGAAAAGAGUCUAAUUUCUAUUAGGAGGGAGUGAGGUAGGUUCACUUUCAAACACACCUCUGGUUUUUAGGUUUGAUUUUGUGAACCAAGCUGUUUCUUAUUAAAUACUAUCAAUGUAGUUUGUCAUUGGUGUCGUUUGGUACACCGUAAUGUACUGUAUUGUAUAGUAUUAUAUUAUAUUAGAUUGUAUUCUAUUAGUAUUAUUUAAUACAAUAUAUUAUGUUUGCUAUUAACGUAUACUAAUAGGUUAUGUAAAAUUAUAAAAACUUUACAAUAAACUCAACCCGAACCCUAAUCACAGCCUGAACUUGGACCUAGAGUUCGGACCCAAAUCUCGAACCUCGAAUAUGCUCUGGGCUUAAAUUCGAUCUCGGACCCAGACCUUAGAUCCUGGAUCGAGAUCGGGACUCGGACCCCAAAUCUCGAACCCCAGACCGGACCUAAACCCGAACAAGGACUUAAACCCUGGACCUAAACUUGGGUUCGGGAUUGGAUCACAGUCCGGAGUCAUGGUCGGGGUGCGAGUCCAAAUUUGGGUUCGGGUUUAAGUUUGGGGUCUGGUUCGAAUCUGGGUCUAAGUUCUGGUACGGUGUUCGAGAUCGG